GAAAGCACACAAACACCAACACAUCAACAACCUCUCGCUCGACGACCUCCUCCACCUCCCCGCAUAUCACGACCAUCACCACAGCGAGGUUGCUCAACACACAUCAACAAAGGACCAAGCCAGAGCAGAGCAUUACUGGAGCUUUACCCAAGGUUCAGUUCAGGUUGCUGCCAAAACCACAGGAACAAGUUUUUGACAAAUCAUCAUCAUGCCACCAUCUGCUGGUUCGUCGCGCAAGUCUGCUCGCGAGUGCAACAUCCAGGUUGCCGUGCGCUGCAGGCCUUUGAACCGCAAGGAACAAGAUGAAAACUCGCCUUCCAUUGUGGAAUGCACGCCGCAACUCAGCAAGAUCACCGUCAAGGGCCUCAAGUACGACUCGAAGACGUUCGCGUACGACCACGUAUUCCCUCCGGAGACAUCGCAGGUCGACGUGUACGAGACUCUGGUGGAGCCGCUGCUGGAUGAGGUCUUGACCGGUUUCAACUGCACCGUGUUUGCCUACGGCCAGACAGGCACGGGUAAGACGCACACCAUGGAAGGUGUUCGUUCCUCUGACGCUGUCACUGUGGAGGACCCAGGCCUCGGCAUCAUCCCACGCGCUCUGUACCAGCUGUUUGAGAAGCUUGAGCAGACCACAAACGAGUUUUCAGUGCGCGUGUCCUUCCUCGAAAUCUACAACGAAGAACUCUUUGACCUGCUCUCUCCGCUGGACCAGUACCAGAAGCUCCGCUUGUUCGAGGACAGCCGUAGCAAAGGCAGCGUUGUGAUCCAAGGCCUGGAGGAAGUCAUUGUCCACAACGCAAGCGAGGUGUUCGGUCUUAUCCAACGCGGCACCGAGAAGCGCCGCACGAGCGAGACGAAGAUGAACAAGGCGUCCAGCCGCUCCCAUUCUGUCUUUUCCGUCACCGUCCACCAGAAGGAGAGCUCCAUGACCGGCGAGGAGCUGCUCAAGACCGGCAAGCUCUACCUCGUCGAUCUUGCUGGCAGUGAGAACAUUGGGCGGAGUGGUGCGAAGAAAGACCGCGCACGCGAAGCAGGCAACAUCAACCAGUCACUCCUCACCCUCGGCCGUGUCAUCCAAAAGCUUGUGCAAAAGGAGCAGCACAUCCCGUAUCGUGAGAGCAAGCUCACGCGUCUGCUGCAAGAUUCGCUCGGUGGCCGCACCAAGACGUCCAUCAUCGCCACCAUCUCCCCUGCCAUGUGCAACCUCGAAGAGACACUGAGCACACUGGACUACGCGUUCCACGCGAAGAACAUCAAGAACCGCCCGGAAAUCAACCAGAAGCUGACGAAGAAGGCGCUCAUCAAGGAGUACACCGACGAGAUUGAAAAGCUGAAGAGGGAUCUACUCGCCACGCGCUCCAAGAACGGCAUUUAUGUGGACCAGGAGAACUACGAAGCAAUGCAGGCGAAGAUUGAGUGCCAGGAAGGCAAGAUUGCCACGCUUGAGCAAGAGCUCGCCAAGACCAUGGAACUCUUUGACACGACAUCAAAGGAGCUGCAGUCCACCAAGACCGAGCUUGAGGAGAAGACCACAGUUCUGCACGAGACAAAGGAGACGCUCGAAGCAACGACUGUCGAGCUGAACGAACGGACGCUUGAGCGCGAUCGCACGCAGUUCAUUGUUGAUGUGAGUGGCGAAGUGCCGCAUGUGGAUGGCCUGCACGCCAAGGUGCAGCGCAAGAGAGCAGUGGAGACACACAACGAAGCCGUCCUCUCGCGACUUCGUGAGCAGACGAAUGGAGCUCUUGGUUCUGUCAAAUCUGACGUUGAAGGAUUCGCUGCCACACACGGCACCCAGAUGCAAGAGCUGGUGUCCAACUUUCAGGCGUUUGCUUCUGCCACACAACAAGGCCUCGAAGCAACAAAGCAACAAGUGGAUGAAAUGUCCACGGCUCUGCAAGAAAAUGUGAUGGCCACAGCUGCAAACGCCCUUCAGUCCAUGACACGCGCUGGUGAAGAGAGUGCUCGUACUUGCGCAGAAGCCGCUCAGGCCAACUUUGACACCAUGGCCACAGCCAACCAGGCAUUUGCAGAGAACUUCUCCCAAGAGAUGCAGCGGCUGCAGGAUCUCGUUGCCCAGCAAAACGAGAUGUUCUCGCGGUUUGUUGCCACCAUGUCUGGCCAGCUUGCUGGCGUGCACGACUGCGCCCGCUCUUUCGCGGAGCAGCAGCAACAGUCCCUCCAGGCCCACGGCGCGAAGCUGGAUGCUGCGCUUGACAGUGCAAAGCAGGAAGUGAGCGGCAUUGGUGCGCGCAUGCACGGUUACGCCACAAACCUCGAGGCCGAGGUGGCCGAGGAGGUGGCGACUGUCAAGGAUCAAAUUGGCGCCAUUCUGCAACAGCUGGUGUCGCGCGUUGGCGCCAAGACGCAGGUGGCAGCAGAUAUUGCUGGAGACGUGCAAACGUUUGCCAGCGCGCUCGGCGAGCGACGGGGCGAGUUCCAGCAGGAUGUGGCAGAACAGCGUGAAGCCAUCACCACCUUCAACGCGCAGCUGGAGCAGCACCAGCAGCAGCAACAGCACGCCGCCCAGCAGGCGCAGGCAGCAGUCGAGGAGCGCCAGGAGGAAGCGGUGGCGGCGCAACAAGCGCUUGGCCAGCGCGUGUCUGCCCAUGUGGAGAGCGCUGACGCAGCGGCGCAGCAAGGAAAGAUGGCUGUCAGCGACACGUGCGCGCAAAGCAUGGAGCGGCUGGCCGCAGCACAGACACACGCUGCGGAGGGCGUUCAGGGCAGUGUGUCGGCCACGGUCACGCAGUGCGCCCACACACGUGACGGUGUGGAGCACUUGUUGCACGAGGUGGCGCGUGGUGCAGACACACAUGCGCGUGGACUGGCUGCGAGUGGGGAGGGGUGCGUGUCCUUCACAACUACGACGUCGCAAGCCCUCGAUCAUCUUCAGCAGGGUGUUGACAGCAUCAUUUCCAACGAAAUUCGCAAGGACAUGCCAACUGGCACCACCCCAGCCAAGCAGGUGUACACGUAUCCACGUGCGCUUGCAGCAACCCGCCCCCACGAUGAGCUGAAGCGCGAGUUUACGGAGCUGCUGUCCAUCGCAGAGGCGCAGUCGUCUGAUGAAGACGAUGGCGCUGAGGAGACGAACGGCGCCAGCAUGAGCGAUGCAGGCAACGCUAACAGCUCGGCACAGGCGGACGUCUCCCUGUCUUCUUCGUCUUCAUCGUGCGAAGAGAAUGCCGACGCAGCAGGCACCGAGGACAAGGCCGCCCCACGGCCAAGCAAGCUCGUCCAGCCCAGCGUCGUGCGUACGCCACUGGGUUCCGUUAACAACUGACAUGAAGCAGUUGUGUCAUGUCACGCUAGCAAGCAAGCAAGUGUGCUUGAUUGUGCCACGUGUGCGACAUCCCAGAAAGCCAAAGCGCAAGCAGGAAGACGAAGUCCUUGAUGCUGCCUGACGUGGCAGUUGUGUUUGGAUGUGUCAUGGUUGUUGUUGCGUUGUGUUUGAGGAGGAGUUUCUCGUUUGCAUCAUCAUCAUAAACAAGAA